ACCACUACCCCAACUACAACAACCACUACCCCAACUACAACUACAACAACCACUACCCAAACUACAACCACCACUACCCCAACUACAACCACCACUACGCCAACUACAACUACCACUACCCCAACUACAACAACCACUACCCCUACUACAACAACCAAUACCCCAUCUACAACAACCACUACCCCAACUACAACAACCACUACCCAAACUACAACCACCACUACGCCAACUACAACAACCACUAACCCAACUACAACAACCACUACCCCAACUACAACAACCACUACCCCAACUACAACAACCACUACCCCAACAACAACCACCACUACGCCAACUACGACAACCACUACCCCUACUACAACAACCACUACGCCAACUACAACAACCACUAUCCCUACUACAACAACCACUACCCCUACUACGACAACCACUACCCCAACUACAACCACCACUAAACCAAAUACAACAACCACUACCCCAACUACAACAACCACUACCCCAACUACAACAACCACUACCCCAACUACAACCACCACUACGCCUACUACAACUACCACUACCCCAACUACAACAACCACUACGCCAACUACAACAACCACUUCCCCUACUACAACAACCACUACCCCAACUACAACCACCACUACCCCAACUACAACAACCACUACGCCAACUACAACUACCACUACCCCAAUUACAACAAUAACUACCCCUACAACAACAACAACAACCCCAACUACAACAACUACUACCCCUACUACAACAACCACUACCCCAACUACAACCACCACUACACCAACUACAACAACCACUACCCCAACUACAACAACCACUAUCCCUACUACAACAACCACUACCCCAACUACAACAACCACUACCCCAACUACAACAACCACUACCCCAACUACAACCACCACUACGCCAACUACAACUACCACUACCCCAACUACAACAAUAACUACCCCUACUACAACAACCAAUACCCCAUCUACAACAACCACUACUCCAACUACAACAACCACUACCCCAACUACAACCACCACUAUGCCAACUACAACAACCACUAACCCAACUACAACAACCACUACUCCAACUACAACAACCACUACCCCAACUACAACCACCACUACGCCAACUACAACAACCACUACCCCAACUACAACAACAGCUACCCCAACUACAACAACCACUACCCCAACUACAACAACCACUACGCCAACUACAACAACCACUACCCCUACUACAACAACCACUACCCCAACUACAACAACCACUACCCCAACUACAACAACCACUACGAAAACUACAACUACCACUACCCCAACUACAACAAUAACUACCCCUACUACAACAACCACUACCCCAACUACAACCACCACUACACCAACUACAACAACCACUACGCCAACUACAACAACCACUACCCCUACUACAACAACCACUACCCCAACUACAACCACCACUACCCCAACUACAACAACCACUACGCCAACUACAACUACCACUACCCCAACUACAACAAUAACUACCCCUACAACAACAACAACUACCCCAACUACAACAACUACUACCCCUACUACAACAACCACUACCCCAACUACAACCACCACUACACCAACUACAACUACCGAUACACCAACUACAACAACCACUACCCCAACUACAACAACCACUACACCAACUACAACAACCACUACCCCAACUACAACAACCACUACGCCAACUACAACAACCACUACCCCAACUACAACCACCACUACGCCAACUACAACUACCGAUACACCAACUACAACAACCACUACCCCAACUACAACAACCACUACACCAACUACAACAACCACUACCCCAACUACAACAACCACUACGACAACUACAACAACCACUACCCCAACUACAACCACCACUACGCCAACUACAACAACCACUACCCCAACUACAACAACCACUACCCCAACUACAACAACAACUACCCCAACU